AUGCUAAUAAUCUACAAAAAUAUUUUUCUACCAUUUUUAUUUUUUAUUUUUCAAUUUAAUUUAUUUUUGAUUUAUUGCCCAAAUGCUCAAGCUAAGAAAGUUAAAGAAUCGCUAGCUAUAAUUAAUGAACACAAAACAAAUGAGGUUUUGGUCGAAGAAAGCAAUGCUUCAUCUGUCCGUCGACAGCGUGAUCUCAAAGUUCCGGAGGAAAAAGAAAAUAAAGAAAAUAAUGAAUGCACAAUACGUGUUAAUAAAGUAAUUGAAUAUCCAGGCAAAUGUGUAAGAAUAAAUGGAGGCACAGCAUGCAAAAACGAUCGUUUCUUGGAUCCAUAUAACAAUGAAUGCUGA